AUGGAAGUGAAAGCAAGAGCUCCAGGAAAGAUCAUUCUUUCCGGUGAACAUGCAGUUGUUCAUGGAUCCACUGCUGUUGCUGCAUCCAUUGAUCUAUGCACCUAUGUUUCCCUUCAAGUUCCCCCUUGUACUGGGCAUGAUGACAGACUGACAAUCCAGCUCAAGGAUAUGGCUUUAGAAUUUUCAUGGCCAAUUGGAAGAAUCAGAGAAGCACUAUCUAGCUUAGGAGGUCCUUUCCCAGCAACUCCCACAUCCUGCUCUACAGAAUCAUUCAAGUUAAUUUUAGCUUUGGUUGAAGAGCAAAAAAUUCCAGAGGCAAAAAUAGCUCUUGCUUCUGGAGUGUCUGCUUUUCUGUGGCUAUACACAUCAAUCUUGGGAUUUAAACCUGCCACCGUAGUUGUUACUUCUGACCUUCCGCUGGGUUCCGGUCUAGGUUCAUCUGCCGCACUUUGUGUUGCAUUCUCGGCAGCUCUUCUUGCUUGCGCAGACUCUGUGAACACGGACAUGAAACAAGAAGGGUGGUCAGUGUUUGGGGAGUCUGAGCUUGAAUUAUUGAACAAAUGGGCUUUUGAAGGUGAAAAGAUAAUUCAUGGAAAGCCAUCUGGGAUUGACAACACUGUUAGCACUUAUGGCAACAUGAUCAAGUUCAGGUCAGGUAAUCUAACACGCAUCAAGUCCAGCAUGCCACUCAAAAUGCUUAUUACUAACACAAAAGUUGGGAGGAACACAAAAGCACUGGUUGCUGGUGUUUCAGAAAGAACCUUAAGACACCCUGAUGCCAUGACCUCGGUUUUUAAUGCUGUUGAUUCCAUCAGUAAGGAAUUGGCUGAUGUCAUCCAGACACCUGCUCCAGAUGAUCUGUCCAUAAUUACUAAGGAAGAGAAGCUACAAGAGUUAAUGGAAAUGAAUCAGGGUUUGCUCCAGUGCAUGGGGGUAAGCCAUUCUUCUAUAGAAACUGUUCUUCGAACAACGUUGAAAUACAACUUAGCUUCUAAGUUGACUGGAGCUGGGGGAGGUGGCUGCGUGCUGACACUGUUGCCGACCUUACUGUCAGAAACAAUUGUAGAUAAAGUAAUUGCUGAGCUGGAGUCUUGCGGAUUCCAAUGUUUGAUUGCUGGAAUUGGCGGGAACGGUGCUGAGAUUUGCUUUAGUGCUUCAUCCUGA